UCAGUGCUGAUUACAUAUCAUGAUCAUGACCGUAACGUGACGUUGACAUAUAUACGUCAUAUGUACAUACAUCACCACUCACUACGUUUAACGUAUACAUAUGUGUAUAACGUACAUUAUUUGAUCGCUUCCUUGACAGUUCUUUUCGCAUGAUUCACUAUAAUUUUUUCCUGCAAAAGUACAUUAAUUAACUGCCAAAAUUGAGAAUAAAAUGCGAAGGACUCAUUCAAAUUAUGCCUAUGAACCAUUACCAACUACAUCGAACAAUGCAGAGUUGGAAGAUGAGAAUGAAAGAAUGACAGAUCAUUUGAAAGACAAAAUUCAUGCCCUAAAGUCACUGUCGAUUGACAUUGGAAAUGAAGUGGAAUAUCAGGAUAAAAUGCUCCGUGGAAUGGAUGAAGAUGUUGAAAGGACAAGUGGUUCAUUAACAAACGCAGUUGCACGUGUAUUACGUUUAUCUAAAGGAAGUCAUACUUACUACAUCUUAUAUUUAAUGUUGUUUUCUGUAUUUGUCUUUUUCAUAUUAUGGGUAACAGUGAAAUUCUUUUAACUAGAACAUUAUAAUGUCAAAGGGGUAUUCAAAAACAGGAUUCAUUCCCAUGAAGUGUUUUAUUAUACACAUGUUUAUAAUAAUUUCCAAGUAUAACAUUUAAUAUUUGUGUAUAAGAAAUAACAUUUUAAACCUAUUUCAAUAAGCUGUACAGUUAAACUUUAGCCGAAUUCUAUGUAUAAAAAAUUUUAUCCUAAUAUUACACUUACAUAUACAGAAUGUCAAAAAAUUAUUUGUCAUAGUUUUUGGAGGUGAUUUUUUUACCUUUGGAAAAGUGAAUAUCUGUUGGUUGUU